AUGGACUCACUACCUACAUCAUAUCGGCUGCUAACAGCUCUGCCGUCGCGGUUAUGUUCUCGACGUCCUCUCCCCGCACAAUUACGAGCCGCGCGACUCCCACCGCGAUGGCGGUUUACGGGUCAGCUGCGAGGCAUCAGUCAAGGCGCUCCAACAAUCGACCGGUCGAAAUCAAAACUCUUCAAAGACGCCGAUGAAGCAGUCGCGGAUGUGCAACCGGGCUCCACGGUCCUGAGUGCAGGCUUCGGGCUGUGCGGUGUUGCAGAAACACUCAUCAGAGCGAUGAAGAAACGAGGACCACAAUCAUUACACUCCCUGACAGCCGUCUCCAACAAUGCUGGCAUUGAGGAUGUAGGAGGCCUAGCGCAUCUUACCAAGAAUGGGCAAGUCAAGAAGCUCAUCAUCAGCUUUCUGGGGAACAACAAGGCAUUGGAGAAGCAAUAUUUGAGUGGCGGUAUCGAGAUUGAGCUAUGUCCACAAGGUACGCUUGCGGAGAGGAUAAGAGCUGGUGGUGCAGGCAUUCCAGCAUUCUACACACCCACAGCUGUCAACACCUUGCUACAAGACGGAGAGAUCCCCGCCAAAUUUGACAAGGAAGGAAAAGCUGUCGGGUUUGGCCAGAAGAGGGAGGUCAGAGAGUUCAAUGGCAAGAAGUUUCUCAUGGAGACUGCUUUGACCGGCGAUGUUGCGAUCAUUCGAGCACACAAGGCGGACGAGGCUGGCAAUUGUGUUUUCAGAUACACAACCAAGGCAUUUGGUCCGAUCAUGGCCAAAGCUGCCCGCCUAACCAUCGUCGAAGCCGAAGAGAUCGUUCCAAUCGGUACCUUUGAUGCAAAUGACAUUGACCUUCCUGGUAUCUUCGUCGACCGCAUCGUUCCCUCUACCGCGCCCAAGAACGUGGAAAUCAAGAAGCUUCGAAAACCCGCUGCUUCCACAGACACAUCCUCCAAGAACGAGGCCGCAGAGCGUCGCGACCGAAUCGCUCGCCGAGCAGCAAAGGAGCUAAAGCAAGGAUACUACGUCAACUUGGGUGUCGGUAUCCCAACGGCAGCAGCAUCUUUCGUCCCCGACGGCGUGAAGGUGUGGCUACAGUCUGAGAACGGUAUUCUAGGCAUGGGCCCUUACCCUACCGAAGAGGAGCUCGACCCCGACAUUAUCAACGCUGGUAAAGAGACCGUCACACUCCUACCUGGUGCUUCAACGUUCGAUUCCGCAGAGUCAUUCGGCAUGAUCCGUGGUGGCCACGUCGAUGUUUCUAUCCUAGGCGCUCUCCAAGUCAGCGCCUCUGGCGACCUAGCAAACUACAUGGUUCCUGGAAAGGUUUUCAAGGGCAUGGGUGGUGCUAUGGAUCUCGUCAGCAACCCGGAGGCUACUAAGGUGGUGGUGGCUACUGAGCAUGUUGCAAAGGAUGGAUCAAGCAAGAUUGUCCAAGAAUGUAAGCUGCCUUUGACCGGGGCCAAGUGCGUUAGCACUAUCAUCACGGACAUGUGCGUGUUUGAGGUUAACAGGAAGCGUGGUACUUUGACACUUACGGAGACUGCGCCUGGAGUGAGUGUUGAGGAUGUCAGGGCGAAGACGGAUGCGAAGUUUGAGGUUGCGCCAGAUGUCAAGACCAUGGAAUAG